AUGGACGUCGUCUUCGGCCCCGUGGACAAGAACAACGUGCAGCGGCUGCGCGAGCUCAACCUGCAGCUCUUCCCCGUGCGCUACAACCUGGCCUUCUACAAGGAGGUCGUGAGCUCUCUGCCAGGUUACGCCCAGAUCGGCAGCCGGCUUCUCGAAGGUGUCGUGGCCCAGUCCAUCCAGGACGGGGUGGCGCAGGUGUACCUUCAUGUCCAAACGAGCAACAAGGCAGCGCUGCGGUUCUACAUUGCCCACGGAUUCGAGGCCACGCAGAUCUUGCGCAACUACUACAAACGCAUCGAGCCGCCGGACUGCUACGUGCUGCGCAGGCAGCUCACUCCGUAG